CACAUUUCUCCUGCGCCGGCGGUAGGCGGCACGACGGAGGGAGCCGGUCCGGAAAAAUGUGGAUAGGAUCUGGUCUCCUCCGAGGCUGAUGCUGGUGUUGCGGUAGACACCUCUGGUCAGGACGAGGACGUGGUGAGAAGCCCCCCCCCCCAGGAGGAGGAGAAGCCGGAUAAUAAUACCCCCCUGACGGGGGAAACCGCUGACUGACAGAAAGAGAGGGAGAAGGAGCAGCUAAGGAGGUGGAGGAGGAGGAGAGAAGCACGGUGAAGAAUAGUACAGUUUGAGCAACGCCGACGGAAACCCCCAGUCUCCGGUCGCUGUUCGGCGGGGAGGACUCGAAUAAAGCUUGGUGCUGAUGCAUUCAGCAAACACGGUGAGCAAAAUCCCAGUCAUGGCUCAGCUCAUCCUUUCACUUCUGCUCCUGUUCGGGGGCCAAAACAGUUUUUGCCAGACUUCGUCGGAAGCUCAGAAGGAAACGGGUGCCAACGACAACAGCACGGUCUUCACCAGGAUCCUGGACGGGCUCCUGGAUGGCUACGACAACCGGCUUCGACCAGGGCUUGGAGAGAACGUCACAGAGAUCAAGACGAACAUUUUUGUCACCAGCUUUGGUCCUGUGUCCGACACAGAGAUGGAGUACACCAUAGACGUGUUUUUCCGCCAGAGCUGGAAGGACGAGCGGCUGUGCUUCAAAGGACCCAUGGAGAUGCUGCCAUUAAACAACCUGCUGGCCAGCAACAUCUGGACCCCCGAUACCUUCUUCCUCAAUGGCAAAAAGUCUAUAGCGCAUAAUAUGACCACGCCCAACAAGCUGCUGAGGCUACAGGACGACGGCACGUUGCUUUACACCAUGAGACUGACCAUCUCAGCAGAAUGCCCCAUGCAGUUGGAGGACUUCCCCAUGGACGCCCACGCCUGCCCGCUCAAAUUUGGCAGCUAUGCCUAUCCAGUGUCAGAGGUGGUAUACACUUGGACUCAGGGAGCUGCCAAGUCUGUGGUAGUGGCAGAAGAUGGCUCCAGACUCAACCAGUACCACCUGAUCGGGCAAACGGCUGGAACUGAGGACAUACACACCAGUAGAGGACAGUACACGGUGAUGAUGGCCCACUUCUACCUGAAGAGGAAGAUUGGAUACUUUGUCAUCCAGACAUAUAUGCCAUGUUUCAUGACUGUGAUCCUUUCCCAGGUGUCAUUUUGGUUGAACCGAGAAUCAGUUCCUGCAAGGACCGUGUUUGGUGUGACCACAGUGCUGACUAUGACCACGCUUAGCAUUAGUGCCAGGAACUCGCUUCCCAAGGUGGCCUACGCAACAGCCAUGGAUUGGUUCAUUGCCGUCUGCUAUGCGUUUGUCUUCUCUGCCCUGAUUGAGUUUGCCACGGUGAACUACUUCACCAAGAGGAGCUGGGCCUGGGAUGGCAAGAAAGCUUUGGAAGCACAGCACCCUAAGAAACGAGAUCCAAUGGUGCUGUCGAAAAAGCCGAACAACGUCUGUUCAGCGGGUGUCAACUACACCCCCAACCUGACGAAGGAUGUUGCCAUCUCCACCAUCUCCAACACCACGUCGGUGCAACUGAGAGCCACCGAGAGCAAAAUAGUGGACCCCAAGAAGACCUACAACAGCGUCAGCAAAAUCGACAAGAUGUCACGUAUAGUGUUUCCUGUCCUCUUCGGAACCUUCAACCUUGUCUACUGGGCCACGUACCUGAACAGAGACCCGGGUGUGAAAGGAGUCGUCACUUCUACAUAACUGCUUUAUUUCUUUCUUUUUCUGUUUUUUAUUUUAUUUUUUGAGACUGAGCUUGUGUAAGAAAGGAUGGAUGGGGGGCCGAGCCUUAUCGGAGAGUUGUGUAAGGUCUCUGCUUUAGAAAACAGUAAAUGAAAUCUGCGCUUGAAGAACAAAACUAUCCAACUAUGAAAUUCAAAUUGAAUGGAUGCAAGGCUGCAACAGAAUCUCUUUCCUGUUCUCAUGGCCUAAAAAACUGCUUGACAGUGAAGAAACUGCUUCAUCGAAACAGGAAGGCAGGUGCUUUGCUUCUUUCUCAUCUAUCUUGCUGCAGUUUGCAUGACGUUUCCCUUAAAAGGAAACUACCGACUCCUCUUUGUCUUGAAUACCGAUAUGUCAAUGGUAUGUCAAUCAUUUCUUCAAGUACAGGGGGUUUGCAUUUUGAGAAAAGGGUGGAGAAAACAUGCUGCAAGUGUGGAAGUAAUAUAGCCUAUUGUUAUUUUAUCCUUGAAAUGCCCGUUUCUUGUUGUACUAGACUGUUUGAAGCUUCCAAAAUCAUUGCCUAACCCUAACCCUAAAAAAGUCGAAAGGAAAAAUGAUAAAAAAAUAAAUAAAACUGAGAAUGAAAAACAACUUUUUUAAGAUUAUUGCUAAAGGAGGUGAAGGAGAAGUCAACACAUUAAAAACUGGAAAGUCCUCCUUGCCCUUUGGAGUGAAAGGACACUGGUGAGUGAUGUGUUAGAAGGGAUGUGGGACUUGAUAUGUGAUUCAGCUGAAUUUUAAGCCCUGCUCACUCAGCCAUGAAACUAAUAUACACAGUUCAGAGAGCAGUGUUGGAAAUGCAGUGUGCCACAUACAAAUCAGCAGAGAAAUGUCCAGAAUUUGGUGGUCAGUCAAUAAGUGGGAUGAGAUUAAGACAGGGCAUGGCAGCACUAAAAGCUAUGGACACCUUGCAAAAAUAUCUAACGUAACAUAAAUGAAUAGUGCUGUAAAUAUGACUAACGUGUUUCAAGGGGGUGGCUGAAUUCAUUUGAAGUGGGGUUCUCAGAAAAGGUUGCAAACAAUACAUAUUUUGCCAGUAAUAGAUAUCUCUUAGAAUGACCUCGGUAUGGAGAAAUAUAAAAGAAUGGUCAGAGCAGAGAACAGGCCAAAGCCAGUUUCAUUUAAACGGUAAUGGGUGUGGCCAACCUGGUUGAAAGUACGUUUUACCAGGUUGGCCAUGCCCAUUUACUCAGAUUUUAGGAUGUCGUCAUCCCGGUUGAUUGUCCUCUUGGCUCGUCUCUCGCUGUGUCUUCUCAAACCCCGAGUGAGUCGCGUCGGAUGGCCGCUCAUACUGAGCCAGGUUCUUCCUGUUAAAGGAGAGUUUUCCUCUCCACUGUCGCCACCAGCUUGUUUAGUAUGGGGAUUGCUGAUCGAUGUAUAUAGGAAACUAAUUGGCAUAAUGAACUGAACUCAUUGCACUCAUAAGUAGGUUCAAUUGGAAUGUUUAUUUUGUAAAGUGCCUUGAGAUGAUUUGUGAUUUUGAGCUACAUAGAUUAACUGACUUGAAUGUUCUCUUUCAUUAUUUCAAUUGAAUCAUUUUUCCUCACUGUUAAGCAUAUUUUAUUGCUAAACUACAUACUGGUGUUGCUUAGGUAACCACUAGCCCAUUGGUGUACAUAGGGGUUUACAAAUCAUUCUCCAUUACAUUUCUGUUGAAUGUAGUUUCUAUUUGGAGUCAAAAUCUGGAUUAACUUGAACCAAAUUUGGAACGACUUUUCUAGAUUUUACCAGUCGUGUUGUCUGAGUACUACUGGAAGGAGCUUGAGUACCACCAGCAUUGGUACGGUUUGAGAACCGUACGGUUUAGAUCAUUUUAAUUUUUAAUUUUAAUGGAAAUAUUAUGGAAUUCAAGCCAGAGGUCUGGACAGGAAGUGCUAAAGCUAGUUGCUAAUUCCACUAUUUAAUUCUAUGUAGAAAAACAAGUAAUGCAAUACUAUAAAUCCUUUGAGAAAUGUUGUUUUAAGAUGGCAGACAUCUGCUUUGGAACUGGCCCAACUCUGACUAGCCAUUAGCUCAUCAUUCUGGUCAGAAUGAAUCUCUGUUUCUCCAAACUGAGGCCUUUCAAUGAGCUACCAAGAACAAAUAAUUGUUAAUAACCUUUCAGGAAACCCAUUUCAAAUGUUCUACAAUGUAUUAGCUUACUCUUUGCCCAAGUGUCUUUCAAAAUAAAACCACGACUAACUCGACUGACCAGACAGCUAACUAAAAAAAUACAAAGUCAAGUGUGAAAUUGAAAUAUGAUCUUUUGGAAACAAAGCAGCUCUCAAUUAGCUAUUAUUAUUUUGUUAUUUGACAUUUAUUGCAAAAGUUAUCCAAAAUAUCGUAGCUCGCAAUAUAGUAAUACACUUAACGAUAGUUUAAAACAGGCAUAAACCACCUCAGAAGCGGUAUUGUAAAAACCUGUCCACCUUCAUAAAGUGGCACUUCUUAAUCAUAUAUCCCUUGCUAACCUGCAGCGAAAAUGUCAACUAACCAGUCAACUUUAUUCGCACUGUUUCUGGCUACUGUCAUGUAAAGAUCUUAGGAUCAUUUCCGAGUUUGUACAAUGGUUUGUUUGACAGAAAGUUCAUUUGGAGAUGACAUUUUUUUUCUUUACCAGCUAGCUAGUUAGCAGCCCCUUAGCUACGUUGCUUAUAUGACUGUAAAAUCUGAUGUUAGGGGUAAGUUGUGCCUGACUUUCUUCAAAAUGUGUUUUUAUUAUUAUUUUAAAGGUUAUUUGCAGUUGGUAAAAAUUUUGAUUUGUUUUUAAACUAAAAUCUGAAUUAACCUUAUCAGCGUAUUUCUGAUUAUCUCGCCACAGAAACGAGCUCCAAACAAUACAAGCUCAUUUUUAAGAAGGCUCGUUAUAGGAGUACAUUUGUGAGAAUUUAAGUACAUUUGGCCAAACUCUAAGGGAAUUGUGUAAAUAGUCUUUUAACAUUUUGGUUUAUUUACUUUUUAAAGUUACUAUCCUUAAGCCUUUAGCCAAAGUCUAAUGUUGACUUUCAAUUUAUUUAUUGUACGUUUUUGUCUCGGAUUGCGUUUUUCUUCAGGUUUGUGAAUCUGCACUUCAUUCUGAACAUUUCGGUUUUGUCAAACUGGAGGCUGUCAGGGUUAGGACUAUGGUUCUAAAGGGAUCUCAGAAGCACAGCAUGUGUGACUUGGUUUGUGGCGAGUCAUACUCAGGAACAAAAGAACACAUGUUCUCAGCACGUCUUGAAUCACAUGGACGCUAAUCGCUGAGCUUUCCCCACAUCUGCUGCUUUGGACAUCGUCUUGGACACCUUCAGGGCAUUCAACUUGUUUCUCUGAAUCCAGUCAAAUGUAAAUACACCUUUUCUGAUGCCAUCAGAAUGUCCUGAAGCAUAAAAUCCUCAGAGGGUGUAGUCGCUUUUUAGUAAAACUCUUUUAGCUUGGUGAUUACAUCAGCUGCUAAUACCAGCUUUGCUACGUGAACUUCAAAUGGACCUAACGGUGAAACGUGUUUAUAUCUGUUUAAAACGUAUUUUAUUUAGACUUUGUGGAUUUUUGUGCAGGACUGACUGGGUAGUUUGAGAGGUUUCGAUUGCUGCUACCCGUCAGCUGAGGCGAUGUCUCUGUGCUCAUUAGGGGGAAAGAAGUGCAAUGAAAUGGAGCUGAAACACUGAUGUAUUCACCUGACUGCCCGGGGUCGACGUGGCAGCCGGGUGCAGAUUAGCAGACCAGACAUCUCCCUGGUAACGGACUCCCAUCCACCGUUCGUGUCAGACUCAGCUGUUUGUCAACGAGUCAGUCAACCCAUUCAACAUCGCCUUAGCUAAUGAAAGGUCCCUGUUUUAUUUCAUUCGUCCUUACUGUUUGAUGGUAUGAAGCUUCAUCUGAUAAGGCCUUAACAUCUUUUCUUUCUUGGCAACUAAAAAAACAAGUGCUCCAUCCUCCAUUGACCCAUCCAUCCAUUUAAACAUCUCACUCGCAGUUGUCCGCCCUUCACUCCUCCAGCCGCUGUACCAGAAUCAUCUGCCGUACAACUGUUGGGGAAAAAGGGGAUUUAGUUCCGCUUAAGUUGGCCGUCAGGGUGAGCCUCCCUCUGAUUCGAGGCCCAUCUCCAUGACAAGCCCUUGUUUUUCUUCAUAUGUCGUCUGGACCACCAUUUCUACAGCACGUUAGGGACAAUUUCAGGAACGCUAAUGUGUAUCGAACAUUCAUCAGCCAGCGUGAGGACGGUCGUCCCUCCCAAGACAACUGCAAACGGACAUCUAAAUGCAUGCAAAUCUUGUUUUAAGGCAUACCUUGAAUUAUUUUCCAAUAAAACUUUUUGCUUACAUUUUUCGACAAUACAGCGAAGGCAUUGUAGCUGGUUCUGUGCCACUCAUUUGUUGUUUUAUGCACUGUAUUUGUAUUGUGUGUUAUACUUGAUAAUUGAUCAAAUAAAAAAUGAUCAACCAAAA